AUGUCUAAACUUGUACUUGUUCUCGUUCUCGUUACGGUAGCUCCGUUUUCGGAGUCGUUUACGAUUGGUUGCCGUCGACUAUCGCUAUCAGCGAAGGCGCGAGACAUCACCGUCCUCCAAUCCACGGCUCCUCGAUCGUCACCUCCCAAGGGCUACAGCUACGUAGAAGGGUCGGAGUACGGGAACUUGGAAGAUGAACUGGACGCCAUGGGUGGAGAUCCUGCCUUCUUAGACAGCUUUUCCGAGCGCAAGGUUGAGGCUGCAGGAGACGAUGGAAACGACGGCGAAAACGACGGUUGGGACGUUCCUGCAUUCGUUGGCGUUUCCAAUGGCGACGUUCAACCCAACGACCCGUCAGCUCCCGGUGGUAAACGAGCACAUCGCUUGGAAUAAGCGAAGAGCUACCAACAGCAAUCCUUCAUAAAAUACUUGCUAGACCCAGGAGUAUCGAUUCUUGCGUU